AUGUACUCAUGUAAGACGGCCCACACCACAUUUGUGCACCACAUGGCGGUCAACUCAUCGGGCACGUUGCUUGCAUCAGGUUCCAGCGACAAGGGAGUAAACGUAUUUUAUCGUCCUCCAUCCGAAGUGGUAACAGGAUCGUGGUCCCUUUGCUGUGUGUUGAAAGACCACGUUGCUACAGUCACCCGCGUCGCUUGGUGCCAGCAUCGAGAGCACGGAUCUAUGCUUGCAACUGUUGGUGCCGAUCGUUGGAUAUAUGUCUACAAGAUAAACGUCACAACUCAAGAUGGAAAGGUAGUGGGUAAUGCUGUGCGGUACUCACCAGUGCGGGGGUAUGAAAAAGACGUUAUUACGGAUGUGGCGUUUGUCCCGCCUCGGCAGCACCAGGUGCUUCUUCUCUCCACCGCCUCUCUGGAUGGCUGGGUGCGGCUGUACGACAUACAGCCGCUGCAAUUUCUUUGUAAGUACACGGUGACACAAGAGUCGGACAUUUGUAGGCCUUUGGGAACCCGCAGUGGUGGCAUCACAUCCACUGCAUGGUUCCCCAGCUCAGUUGAUGAAACGAUGACUCUGGCGGUUGGUUGCAUGAACGGGUGUUUUUACCUUUACAAGUUUUGUAAGGAAAGAAACCAAUUUAAGCGGGUGUAUAACGCUCUUCCGCAACGCAUAGAAUCAACGAUCCAUCACAUAGUUUGGGCUCCGCCCGUGGGAAGGUGCUUUCAGUUACUCUCUCUGUGCUGUCGCAGUUCGGUGUAUAUUGUUAGGUUGAACUGUGUGUCACCAAGUGUUGAGGAUUACCAGUGCGAAGUGUUUGUUUGGCCACACGGGGCAGUCUGUACGGCGUGGAGCCAUUCUGCGACGCUGUUGUAUUUGAUUGAUGACGAUAACCCGCCAAGGGUGACCGUUCUUCAAGCGAGGGACCUCACUGAUCACCAGUCGUGGGAAAAGUUGCUAAGUAAGCCAACCGAAUAA